AUGGGCAACCCUCUCAGCACUGCCAGCAUGCUAUCAACAUCACUAGCUUUUUUCUUCACGUUCAUCCUCUACGCCUCUCUUGCCCGCACGACCCAGGCCUUAAGUGUUCGCUCCUCUGUUCUAAGCAACAGCAGCAAGAGUCUCAUUGUCGAGACGACUUCGGGCAAAGCCCGUGGAUUCUUGGAUAAUAUUACCACAUCCAUCUCACUAAAGAAAUGCUUUGGUAUUCGGUAUGCGCAAGACACAUCGGGGCAUAACAGGUGGCGCCCACCCCAACCAUAUCGCUACAAUGAUACAAUAUUCAAUGCAACAGCUUUUGGACCGGCUUGUUUACAAGGUCGAACGGACGGCGGGAGUGGUACAUCUGUGCAAAGCGAGGAUUGUCUGAGGAUUAACGUCAUAGCGCCAGUGGGGGCUAAGGAGUUGCCGAUAUACCUAUACUCUUAUGGUGGCGGUUUCGACAGCGGCGCCUCCUCCGAUCCUAAGAUCGAUGGCUCUUUCAUGGCAGCAAAAGGCAUAGUUUUUGCCAGCUACAAUUACCGUCUGUCGUUAUGGGCUUGGCCGCAUGCGACUGAGAUUGCGCAGGCAAAUCAAACCCAGAACUUCGGUCUUCUUGACACUCGUGCUGCCAUUCGGUGGAUUCAGGCCAAUGCAGAUGUGUUUGGUGGGGAUCCCGCAAAGAUUACACUAGGCGGUGAAUCUGUAGGUGCCGAAAUGACGAACUUUUACCUCUCGGCGUGGCCUGACGAUCCUAUCAUUCGAGGAGCUAUAAUGCAGAGCUCAGACACUUCUCAACCGCAAUGGGUACUCGGAAAUCAGCUCGAAGCUAUAUCAAAAAAUCAAUCAUGUCCAACAGGCAACGGUCAGCUGGAUUGUUUGAGGGGAAAAGAUGGCUUUGCUCUCCAAUCCAUCUUGCUGGAGACCGGUAACCAAUUUCAACCUGUCAUCGACAACAUCACUGUCUUCAAGAAUUAUGUGAAACAAACAAGAGAGAACAGAAUUGCGAAUGUACCUUUGCUUAUUGGGACAAAUAAGGUAUUUUUGUCUCGAGACAUAAUACGCGAUGCGGCUUGGUUGGUACGCGAGAGAUGUUUCUAUGUUCAUUCCUUUGUGUCAUGCAGCAAAAGCAACAAUUUUAACUUCCCAUUUGCGAAUACAACCGACGUGCUGAAAUUAUACCCGACGUCUUCCACUCUCUACCCAUCUGUUUAUAAUGCGACUUCUGCUAUGUGGAGGGAUGCUCAUAUGCUCUGCCUUGCUCACAACCUUGGAAAAUGGCGAACGGAGGCACUGGGGCUUCCUGUUUGGCGGUACAGGUUCGACUUAGUUGCUAACAACCUUAAUUCGUUGGGUGCGUCCAUUGGGACAUUUCAUGGAGAGGACAUUCAAUUUGUCAUGGGGUGCGGAGUGUUAGACACUGUCAUCGGAACACAACCGACAGUUAUACCCAAUUAG